CUCGCCCGAGAAGGGUGGCUGUCGUCGAGUCCGUCUCCAGGAUCGAAACGACUUGUUGAUUUCGAUCGCGAAACGCAAUUGCUCUGUUGUUUUUUAGUGAAAUGAAAUAUUGCAACUGUGUUUGAGUGAGAAAAGUGUGUAAGAAAAUAAUUUCACUCGCGAAUGACUCUUUUUUUCGUUGCAUGUAUCUCGGUCAGAUCGAUUUGUUAACGUCAAUAAAGAAACACGGUUGUUCUUUUAUUCUGUCAGUGGUCGUCGAAAGAUAAUUAAAUAUUCCAACGUUUAUGAGUGAAAAAAGUGACCACCAAAAAUAAUUUCACUCACGAAGGAGUCCUUUUUCUCGUCCCUGCAGUGUUUCUCUCGGUUUAUCAGUGUACCUCGCGCGUGAAUAAAUACUGCAACCUUUCCAAGUUGAAAAAAAGUGGCAAAAGAUAUAAUUUCAUUCACGAAGAGGUCUUUUUCUAAAAUAAACUCCUCAGCGUUGCAACUGAACUUCAUUGAACGAUAAAAAAAGUGGACACAUUGUCAUCGACCAUCUAAACGAAAAUAUUCUUCUGUGAAUUGUUCCAUUGACAGAAUCUUUCUCAUUGAAAAAUAAAUGACAAAAGAACCAACGAAGAAGCGUGCGAAGAUGACGUGACGAUUCGAGUGACAAUACUAUGUGUACCGCUGUUGGGAAAAUGAUUUAUCUUACGAGCCAGGGUAGAGUUACAUUUAGUUAAUCGUUAAUCGUAACUGAAACCGGAAGCUGGGAAGUAGUGUGUCUUCGUUAGUGGUGUUGCUCGAUGCAAGCGUUACUCGAAUCGUAACUUUUACGGAUCCGAUAAUCCAAAUCCCCGGAAGUGACAAGUUGCGGAGUGCGUCGUCAAAAUGACAGUCGCUUACAACGAUGGCGACAGCUCAAGAUGCGUCCGCACCGAGUCUGAGAAGUCGCGGCAGAAAAUUCGGGAGGGCGUACGAAACCGAAUUUUCUCCAGAGCCAUAAUUCUUCCCGUAAUCGCGCGGCACCCCUCCAAAGAAAUUUUGAUAUUCAAAAGCUCGCCAAAGGACAUGUCACAAGCACCACUGAUCGUCAACGAAGCAUUUCAACAAACCGCGGAACCCACAACCUCCAACAUGGUGGUGCUCGAGGCCGGUCUACCUGGUGACACGUGGAGGUACUGCGUAGAAAGGAAACGUCUUGCGGAGAGGUCAGAGUGGUUCCGCGCAAUGCUCGUCGGACCUCUUGCUCCUGCACCGAGCGACCCUCCACCUCUGCUCCAGCUGCAGCACGUUGAAAAGCGUGCCUUUGAUUAUCUCUUCAGAUACCUUCUCGACGAGCCGAUACACUUCCAAUCCGUGUCGACGGCCAGAACCACCCUCGACGCUGCCCACCAAUACCUCUGCCCAGAAUUGGCUCGCCUUGCCGCCGAGUACCUCGAAAAGAACCUAAACGCCGGCACUGUGCUCGAGAUCUAUCAAGGCCUCAGUCUCUACGCGAAUCACCCAAGUUUCGGUCUCUCCAGAUCGCCUAACUCGCCCACGGCGCCUCCGCUACCUGGAGACGACGCUGGUGAAAUAGCUGCUGUCUGCACGCAACUACUCCACGCCUGCCUGGACAUCGUCGACUCGGAUCCUGAGGACGUCUUCAGCCAAGAGCACUUCGAGGAGCUGAGCGUCGCCGAAGUCGAGGCGUUGGCGUCUCGUGACACCUUGAGAUUGACCAACGAGUCCAUCUUGUUCCAUGCGUUGGACAGGUGCGCUGCAUCCGAGUGCAGAAGACACGGGGUCGAACCAUCGGCCAUCAACAAGAGGGCCGCGCUGUCAGACGACGUCUGGUAUAGUGUUCGGUACCCUCUGAUGACCGACAGAGAGUUCAUCGAGGGACCCAUGGCCAGCGGGAUCCUCUCCAGCGAGGAGUCGGCCAUCAUCGUUGCUAUGAUCCUGGGACACAAAAAUCGCGAUGGAGAGGAGCUGCGGACUACCGUCGCUGGCCCAUUGUCCAGAUUGUCGAGCACCCCGAGAAUUGGCGUCGCAACCUACGAGAACCAAAGCUACUCAAUGACUGGGAAGAAGGAGCGACAGGAUAACCGAAAGAACAGGAGGAAGGAGUGCGCGAAUCAAGGACAAAGAACUUGUGCGAGAAUCGGCAACUGUCUCGUGCGUGUACUUGCCUGUGUCUUCGAUUAAACGAUCACGAAGAGAACCUAGAAGAAAUAGAGAAAGUCCUGACUAACGUUCACGCGAAAACCGAUUUGUUUUCUACAAUUUUGUCGGAGUCAUUGAAGAGAUCAUUUUCUUUAUAGAAAGGAUAUUAAAAUAUUUAUAUGUUAACUUUCCUUUUGACGAACUGUCGACACGUAAGACAAUAGAGCUGCAAGAGGCUGAGACGUUUACUUACAUACGAAUUUUAUAAUGCCUAUUUUUUUUUUUUGUUUUUUGUUUUUUGAAAGACCAAGAGCUUUCGUAUACGACGUUCCUCCUUGCGCGAAGAUGUUUCUCAGAGAAGAACAGAUUCUUUUUAUUUUGUUUGAAGAGCUUUUUUUUUUAGAGUAUUUCCACGUUUACCAAGCCAUUUAUUUUUAUCGCUGUUAUCGAUCCUUUCAAUCACUAUGAAGUAAUCGACUGAAUUUCAAUCUAUUUCAAAGCCAAAGAAAUUCAACUACAAUGAAAACAGUUAUUUUUACACGAACUAUUUUGAUAAAAUUUUAGACAUAGAAAAGUUCGUGGUUUGUUAGAUUUUAUGAAAUUUUUAGACAAAUUUUACUGUGGAAAAUGUAUUAUUUGGUAGGCUGGUAAUUAUUCUUAAUUGUGGCUACCCCGAUGACUAUAAAAUCGAGGAGUAAUCACGAAUGUUGACAAUUAUCAAACUAGGCGAUACUGAAAACGCUUUUCAAGUAUUGUUUCCUCGAGGAACGUUUCGAGUAUUUAUAAUUCUAUACGUUAACCGAAGACUAAACAUUUCCCACCGGCUGAGACUCCAUUUUUGUAAUCUUCACCUGUAUUUAUAUCGACAAAAUGGCGUCCAACUCAGAUGGAAUUGUUAGUUCCUCGUCUCUACUAUAUAGCACGUAUUCUGUUAUACGUUACUGCGGUUUAUUCGCUAUCUUCGUUGUGUUCAUAGUUGCUGUUCAGAGUAUAUAGCGUUUAAAUUAUGAGUUAUAGCGUGGAACCAUGGCUGGUCCGUGUUGUUGUGCGACGUUUCAACAACGAAGACUUUUCGCUUGCAAAACUUUUCUAAUUUGAGACUUUGUUUGACUUUGUUUGAAGCACUAAUCCUUUGCGCUCGAUAUUUUCGCUAGAACGAGUUAACUCGAGUUUUUAGAAGAACUUCUUACAGAAGAUUUUCAUAGUCUACUCAUGGUUUACUCUAAUGUCAUACAUAACUGCGUAGGCAUGAUCUAUCGUUACCAUUAUAUGUUAGUCAUUAAUCUCGUGUUGCUAUUUGAUCGAUUAAAUUUUAUUCGUCGCGAUGUUGGUCUCAAUUUAUGUUUAAGAGCGAAUGUUACUCUAAUAAGUGCCGCUGAGUCUAUUGUGUGUUAAUGAUUAUGUAUAAGUUUGUCGAUGAUCGAUUAAAAAUUGAUCGACUAUUGAAACUAAAAGUAAACCAAUUAUUUGGCGCAUUGUUUUUAGAUUAAACGCGAAUUAAAGUAAAUUCGUUGAUCCAUAGCAUGCAUUUUGUGAUAAACAAUUGCACGAACAUUACUGAAAGACAAAGAUAAAGCUUGCAAAUGUAAUAACAAAUUAUAAUGCAAAUAAACUGAGGAAAAAUGAA